CGACUUCCUCUCGUCCAUUUAGACGCCUGGUUGAAUUCCGUAUCCUCUACUCUUUCCGCUCGAUCUCGGUUAAUGGCGGUUCUACCGAUUCUUCGGUUUGAAGAUAAGAUCGUGGAGACCGUGGAGAAGAAUCCCGUUGUCGUGAUUAUAGGAGAAACUGGCUCCGGAAAGAGCACUCAGCUGUCUCAGAUUCUACACAGGAGAGGAUACACUCGAUCUGGAGCCAUCGCAAUCACCCAGCCUCGCAGAGUUGCUGCUGUAUCUCUUUCGAGGAGGGUGGCAUUAGAAGUUGGCGUGCAGCUCGGUGAAGAAGUGGGCUAUGCCAUUCGGUUUGAAGAUCGGACAUCAGCUAAAACUUGCAUCAAGUAUCUCACUGAUGGUGUUCUUCUCCGUGAAAGCCUCUCUAAUCCAGAAUUGAAUCAAUAUUCAGUUAUAAUUCUUGAUGAAGUUCACGAGAGAAGCUUAAACUCUGACAUAAUACUUGGGUUGAUGAAACGUUUGGUCAAGAUUCGUUCUUCAAAUUUAAGAGUUCUUAUUACUUCAGCAACUUUGGAUGGAGUGAAGGUAUCAAAAUUCUUUUCAGGCUGUCCGGUAAUGAAUAUUCCCGGAAAGUUAUUUCCUGUGGAAAAGUUGUACAGCUCCGAACGCCCUAAAUGCUAUAUUGAAUCAUCCUUAAGAACUGCUCUUGACAUACACUCUCGUGAACCGCCAGGAGACAUCCUUAUAUUUAUGACAGGAAAGGAUGACAUAGACAAAAUGGUGUCCAAGCUGGAGGAAAAGAUUCAAAACCUUGACGAAGGUUCAUGUAUGGACGCCCAAGUCCUUUCACUUCAUGGUUCUUUACCUCCUGAGAUGCAGGUUCGUGUGUUCAGUCCAGCGCAUCCAAAUUGUAGGCGGAUUAUUGUCGCCACAAAUAUAGCUGAAACUUCUUUGACUGUAGAUGGUGUUGUGUAUGUCAUUGAUACGGGUUAUGUGAAGCAACGUCAAUAUAAUCCAUCGACUGGGAUGUAUUCUCUUGAUGUGGUUCAGAUUAGCAGAGUCCAAGCUGAUCAGCGUGCUGGCCGAGCUGGAAGAACUCGUCCGGGGAAGUGUUAUAGAUUGUACCCCUCCAAAGUCUAUCAUGAAGAGUUCCUUGAUGCUACGGUUCCUGAAAUCCAGAGGUCAUCUUUGGCAGGAAGUGUUUUAUACCUGAAAUCACUUAAUCUUCCCGACAUCGAUAUCUUGAACUUUGAUUUUCUUGAUCCUCCUUCACGUGAGUCCUUAGCAGAUGCUUUAAGGCAGUUAUAUCUCAUUGAUGCUAUUGACGAAGAUGGAAUGAUAACCCAUGUGGGACGGACCAUGGCAGAAUUGCCGCUUGAGCCUUCACUGUCAAGGACUUUAAUUGAGGCAAAUGAAUUAGGGUGCUUGUCUCAAGCAUUAACCGUUGUAGCUAUGCUAUCAGCUGAAAUCACACAUCUGUCUAUUCAUAGCAUUAAGGACAAGAAGAGGAAACAACCUUUAAAACUUCCAUCUGGCUCGUACUGGGGUGAUCACAUCCAUUUGCUUCGAAUAUAUGAAAAUUGGGAUUGUGCUGAUUAUGAUCCAGCUUGGUGCACUGAACAUAACUUGCAGGUUCGUAACAUGAAGUUCAGUAGAGAUGUUAGAAAGCAAUUAUCUCAGAUAAUGCAGAAGAUAUCUAAAGGUCCUGUGGAUAUACAAUCCAGUGUAAGGCAGAAAAAAGGUGAACAAGAGUACCGAAGUUUGAGAAAAGCCUUGUGCAGGGGCUUUGGAAACCAGCUUGCAGAAAGAAUGCUUCACCACAAUGGCUUCCGAACACUUGGUUAUAGGUCACAACUUGUUCAGGUUCACCCAUCUUCAAUGCUGGAAACUAAUGAAGAUGGCAGGUUGCCAGACUACGUUGUGUACCAUGAACUUAUCAGUACCUCCCGCCCCUUUAUGAGGAAUGUUUGUGCAGUAGAUAUAUCAUGGGUUGCGCCUAUUUUAAAGAAGCUGGAGAAGAUGGACAUCCACAAGCUGAGUGGUGGAUUGGAGAGUGAAAAAAUCGAACAAGCAGAGCACAAACAGCUCCAGCUACACAAUUUAGAGGAAAGCGGCAGCGGCAGGGGUGACUCCAUGGAGAGUAGAAUUCAGGCAGCUCGUGAGCGCUAUCUUGCUCGUAAAGCAAAUAAAUAAAUAACUUUCGAUCUAAGAUGCCGAGUCAAAUUGGUGAUGGAACCAGUUAACAAGCUACAUGUUUUCUUUUAUGUAAUUUAGGAGUCCAGGCGCAAGAUUUCCAUACCAACGAGUGUUAUUGUA